GAAGGGGUGGCCGCCAUGGCCCUAUCCGCUGAGACAACGCGAGAACGGACACAACUAACUGGCAGAUUCUAGACCUCGGUCUUUCCGCGUCCUUCUACGCUUCGCUCCCACUCUUGCCGAUCCUGCGCCCGAAGGAGAGCCGGAAAGGCCCCUCUGAUCAACAGCUGAAAUGCAUAAAAGCAGGGGGCAGAGUAGAAGACAUGGGAGAAGGAGCCACCGACACAACCCUUGGUUCAGACAGCAUGGUUCUAAUGAGAGGAAUAAUACAAGGGUGCAGCAAAGCCCACAGGGUUCCAGCCACAGCGAUGAUGAGGCCCCGUCGACCUCCUCGAGCACAGCUGGCAGCUCUUCUGUGCCAGAUCUACCAGGUUAUUACUUUGACCCUGAAAAGAAACGCUACUUCCGCUUGCUCCCUGGACAUAACAACUGCAACCCCCUCACGAAGGAGGGCAUCCGGCAGAAGGAAAUGGAGAGCAAAAGGCUGCAGCUGCUAGAGGAAGAGGACAAGCAGGGAAAGAAAACAGCCAGGUUGGGAUUUAAUGCAUCUUCCUUACUACAAAAAAGCAAGCUGGGUUUUCUCAACGUCACCAGUUACUGCCGUUUAGCCCAUGAGCUGCGAGUGAGCUGCAUGCAGAGGAAAAAGGUCCAAAUUCAGAGCUCGGAUCCCUCCGCUUUGGCAAGUGACCGAUUUAACCUGAUACUGGCGGAUACCAACAGUGACCGGCUCUUCACUGUGAACGAUGUCAAAGUCGGGGGCUCCAAGUAUGGCAUCAUCAACCUGCGUGGCCUGAAGACCCCCACGCUCAGGGUGCACAUGCAUGAAAACCUCUACUUCACCAACCGGAAGGUGAACGCUGUGAGCUGGGCCUCGCUGAAUCACCUGGAUUCCCACAUUCUGCUGUGCCUCAUGGGAAUUGCAGAGACUCCAGGCUGUGCCACCCUGCUCCCAGCGUCAUUGUUUGUCAGUAGUCAUCCAGCAGGAGACCGGCCUGGCAUGCUCUGCAGUUUCCGGAUCCCCGGGGCCUGGUCCUGUGCGUGGUCCCUGAACAUCCAGGCAAAUAACUGCUUUAGUACAGGCUUGUCUCGGCGAGUCCUGGUGACCAGCGUGGUGACGGGACACCGGCAGUCAUUUGGGACCAGCAGUGACGUCUUGGCCCAGCAGUUUGCUGUUAUGUGGGCCAGGACUGCUACACGAGAAUCUGGAGCCUCCAUGAUGCCCAGCUGCUCAGAACCAUACCCUCCCCACACCCCACUUCCAAGGCCGACAUUCCCAGUGUGGCCUUCUCUUCUCGGCUUGGGGGCUUCCGGGGAGCGCCAGGGCUGCUCAUGGCCAUCCAACAGGACCUUUACUGCUUCUCCUACAGCUAAUUCUGCAGGUUGCAGCCUGGAGAGCCGUGGAUGUGACUCAGGGGAGCAUAGUCACUGGUAUUGCACCUCUGGUGAAGAGCCUUUGCCACUAUUCUGUACUAUUUCAAUGGAGCUGUGGCUAUUCAGUCCAACUUUGAUCUCACAGACAGUGGAGACGACUGACUACUCAGAAUACCUGCCUUCUAAACAGAUGAGAACGGUGGCACAAACUGGUUACCAGAAACGUCCACAGAUCAACACUUGGUGUCCCCCAACAAGGGCACCCAGAGACCAAGUAAGCCCCACUUACCUGUCAGCCCUCGAUCUGCCCUGGUCUAAAUCUUCCAUGUUACCACCUCUGAAAACAACUGCAGGCUAAACUCAGUUUCUUCUUCCAUUUCUCCAUUCAUGUAUGUUAGUAAAAGCCUUUCCUUUCAUUUUUAUUUAUUUUCUUUGGCCACGCCACGCUGCUUGUGGGAUCUUAGUUCCCCGACCAGGGAUUGAACCUGGGCCGUUGGCAGUGAAAGCACAGAGUCCUAACCACUGGACCUCCAGGGAAUUCCCUGGGCCCACUCCUUUAAGUCUGCCUCUCCAGGCCACCCACCACAUGGCCACUGCCACGGGAAUGACCUUCCCAAAGAUCCCUGCACUCAACGCCUUCUUGUACCUCAGAAUAAAAUGUGCGGCAUCUUGAGAUUUGAUCACAUGUGCCUCACCCUGUUGCCCCUUCUCCACUUCCCACCUGGCGCUCUCAGGACACAUGUUACAAGUCCCUCCGUCAUCUGGGCCUCUGCUCAAGCUGUCCUCCACUCCUUUCAUCUGUUGAGUCUCAGCUUCACAGAAACCUCGAGGAAGCUUAGUUUCCCCAGCACUUACCACAUCUAGACACUUAGUAUGUUGAAUGAACAAUUUUUGCCAGCAUUAUUCCCUUUUAAUUCUUAGAACCCUACGAAGCACGUGAAGGUCACUCCUAUAUACCAAAGAAAAAGCUGAGAAUAAAGCAAUUUGUCCAAGGUCUCCUGCUAAUAAGUAGCAGAGCCAACGGGGUCUCCUGCUCAAGAAAUCUAUUAGGCCCCAUGUGUUGGAGGGAAUGGAAUUUUUACUUUUCCUCUGGAAGUUUAAGAUCUCCUUAAGAUAAUUUUCUGGGACUUCCCUGGUGGCGCAGUGGUUAAGAAUCCACUUGCCAGUGCAGGGGACACGGGUUCAAGCCUUGGCCUGGGAAGAUCCCACAUG